AGUCCCCGACGUUGGGAAAUAAAUAACAGGCACGCAAAAAAGCACCAAACACACACAUAACAUAGUAACCUUGUUACUGUUAUUGUCAUUAACAAAACAACAACAUUUCAAAAAUCUCUGUUCUUCCUCUUCACGAGGUUUUGCACGCUUAUUAGCUCCUCCUCUUUACUACAUACACCCCCCUCCUCUUAUAUAUUCCCUGUUUUCAAUUCAUUUCAUUAUUACAUUACAAGUGAAAAUGUCCAUAACAGCAUCAUCAAGAAAACCCAAAUGGCACCACCAUCCACCACCUCCACCAACACCAAGAAUCCUUAACUUUCCUCGUCGUCCUCGUCGGAGACUCCCUUCCUCCUCCGUCCCCCGGAGAGACAACAACAUGUUGGGGAGUUUGUUUGAUAGAGAGAAACAAGCACCUCCUGAAGUUUCUAUCAAUGUUCCAAUAAGGUUGUUGGAUCGUUGUGAGGAGAGAAGGGAUAGGGUUGUUAAUGAGAGUAGUGGUGGUGGUGAUAGGUUGGAAGAAGAGAAGUGGAAGUUUCAAGCGGAAAUGUUGAGAGCAGAGUGUAAUUUGUUGAGGAUGGAGAAGGAGAUUGCUGUUAAGAAGUUGGAAAGGACUCGUUCUAAGAUGGAACGGACUCUAAGAUCUGCUGUUCAUACUCUUGUUUCUGGGAGAAUAAAGAUUUGUGAAGGAAAGAACAUCGACCGGGCUUUGGAUGAAGAAAUUCAUGACUUAACAGAGAAACUUAAGAAGUUGCAAAAGAGAUCAACGGUCAAGGAUUUUGAGAGAAGGAGGAGAACUAGCAGAAAUUUCGACAAACAAGUUUCCGUUCUGCAGAAACGACUCGAGAAGAUUGGAGGACCAUCAGAUGAGAUAUAUCCGAGGGAGUUUGAAGAGAUGGAAAAUGUUAGCUUCUCAGUUAAAAAAAAUAGCAGAUUUGAUGAUAGUGUUGUUGCAAGUGGAAAAUUGAAUGUAGAGAUUCUGAGAAGAAAAAUGGAGGGAUUGUCAAAGGGAAUAUUAUUAGAGAGAAUGGAGGAAGAGUACAAUUCACUUUUGUCUACUGCUAGUAGUUCUCUUGCAAGUUCUGGUUCAACUUCCAAGAGAGUUGAAUUUCAAGCACCUCAUCAGGAAAAAUUGUCAAGUGAAGGGAACUUGUGUUCAGGACAUUGCAAGACAAUUGUAAGAAGAAUUGUGGAGCAAGUUAGAGUUGAGACAGAGCAAUGGUCCCAAAUGCAGAAGAUGUUAGGCCAGGUGAGGGAAGAGAUGGAAGAACUACAAGCUUCACGAGAUUUCUGGGAAGACCGCGCCUUGCAUUCCGAUUCUCAAAUCCAAUCUCUACACAAUUCUGCACAAGAGUGGAAACAAAGAGCUCUUUCGUCCGAAAGUAAGAAAGAUGAACUUGAAGCGAAACUUUCCAUUGUUUAUGGUGAUCUCGAAAAGUUGAGGAAUGAACAAAAUGCAGUUAAGGGGACGAAAUGUUCAUCGAAUGCAUUGGACACGCAGAACGAGUUCGAGAAGCAUAUAGUAGUUUUCAGCUCAAAGGAAAAUAGCAGUAAUGUUGCAGACAACAGAAAAUGUAGCGAGGUAUUAAGGAAUGGAGAAAGAAAAACACAUGCUGCUAAUGCCAGAGGUGGAUUACUAGUUCCAAAGCGACCACCAUUUCGAGAUAUUAGGAACAACUCAUAGUUGUUGACGAGGGAAAAUGGCAAAACAGUUUUUCCCUUUGCAUUGCCAUCUUUCUUCAAAUGACGAUAAAACUUAUCACUUGAAAGCAUGAUGAUCCGUUGUUCUAACAUUAAAAUUCCUAACAUAGUUAGGCGAAGGAAGCGCGCAAUGAUUUCGGUGUUUCAUGUUUUAAAAUCGGUGGUUUGGGAUCUGUCAUGUAAUAUGUAUUAUGCUUAGAGAAAUAAGGCCAGCAUCCAUUAAAAACUAUAGUUUACCCAAGUGCCAGAUUCAUCCAAAGGAAGAUGAAUGUGUGAUUUAGGGUGUGUUCGGAAAAAUAACUUAUUUACAGUUUAUUGAAAAAGUCUUACUCGCUCUGAUGCUUAAUAUACUACCCCUAGGUUAACUACCUUUAGCUUUCGAUAAGACAGUUCAAGCAUAAGAGAAAAAAGAAUCGGAGGGAGGGAGUAUCAUAUAGUCGAUUCUUAUUGGUAAUUUUUUUUUUUUACACAAUAUUUUUUUUUCUUCUUUACAAUCUAAGAAUCAGAGGGAGUAUCAUGUAGUCGGUUCUUUUUUUUUUGUUUCUUUACAAUCUAAGAUCUUUGUUUAUGGGUCCUCUCACAUAUAAACCAUUCAACAUUCACUGUUUCAUCCGAUGUGAGACUCACCUCACACUUGAAAUACCAAUCUCCCCCUCAAGUGUGAGUCCAUCCAUUACUUUAUUAUGGGUAUGCUUCCCCUCGAACGAAAGUUUUUUCAUCCACUUAUACCGCCGUUGUGUGC